UUUGAACGGUCGCCGGGAGUAAGGAAUCCAGACUGGAGGGGAGGUAUGGCCGAGAGGCAGCCCAUGCUCUCGUUUGCUAAGGUGGUCUCAGGCCAAACUAGCGAGACGAAUACUGCACAAGCAGCUCAAAUUCGCCCCGCAUCGCCUAAUACUCGUCCCACACCAGCAACGGUAGCAGCAGCAUCCAGUCAGAAGCCGGACCACAAAAAUGAGAAAAGGCAUGAUAAAGCUGAACGCGCAGAUCGACCAGAGAAAGGCAGUAGUGAGAAGCAAGAGAAACACGACAGAAAUUUCGGGAAUCGUCGUCGCCCACCUAAGUACAGAGACCGUCAUGAUAAACGAGGGAAUAAGCCAGAACCUGUAAAAGAGGAAAAAGCGCCAAGCGCUGAAGAGCCAGUGCCUCCCCAGGAGCCUGUAGUGUUAGAGCCUGCGCCACUGCCAGCUGUAAAUGCAUGGUUCAGAAACAAAGGUUCAACUGAUUCUACUCAAAGUGUCGAUGUUGGCAAUACGUCCAAUGUGGAAGAACACAAACAAGUUGAGCAAGAAAUAGAGGUCAAGGUAGAUAAUCCAUCUUCUGCUGUGGUAGCACCAGUCGUUGAUGGAACCCCUAGGUCGAAAAAUGUGGAUCCUGAAUGGCCAACAUUGGAUGCAGCGAAACAGGAGGAUAUCAUUGUGAAUGGAACAGAUUCUCGUCAGCAUUCUCCCACAGCGGAUUCAACAAAGGUUGGUUUGUCUUUUUUUCCAACCUCGUUAGUUAAUCUGCUCGAAGAUUGA